AUGCUUACCAUAACCAUAAGGCUGGAAGGCGCAGGCGGCAACUCGAUGCCUGGUGACCCCUCAUCCUUCAGGCUUGCCCGCGUCACGCUAUCUAGCACCUGCGGACAGCCUGAUUUCGGUCAAACAAAUGUCCCCAUCUUCACCGCGAACAUCUCAUUCAAAAUCAAAGAAAGUGCCCUAAGUAUGGCACACGUAUCGAUGGUGCAGACGUUGGCAGAAGCGGGUAUGCUCCCGUCGCAGUCACAACCUUCCUCGUGGAAACAAAAUCCUGCGAAGCCCAAGAGAUCAUCUCGACUACCCUUGAAACCCGAGACUAGAGCGCUGCCGACCGCCUUGCCUUUGACUGUCCAUGUUCCUCAUCAAUCCCAGCCAGAAACCGAGGCGUUCAAGCCCUCCCGCGAACCCAUCACAUCAAAUGAUGAGCAGACAUCGAACACAUCGAAUAUCUCGGUCGAAAACACAGAUUAUGAGGAUCAGCCCAAAAACGGCGUUGAUAUUGCCAAGAUUUCUCAACCUUCCACCUCUCCAACUCCAGCUUCAUCCGCUACCCAGAAUGAUGAUGGUAUCCCCAUUCCUGGCACUAGAGGCAAGAAAAUGUGGCCUUUCUUGCCCGUUUGCAGCAGUAUUUGGACCACCAAGCAAUACGAGGAACGGUUUGAAUAUGUCGUCCUCCAGCUUAGAAGGGUAGUGGGAAGCGACGCUGUCCUGCGUAUGCGAUCGCAGUUCAUUGACUACGACUUAACCAUGGCUGGACAAACAGCCGCCACUGCUUGUCCGUCUAUCUGCGUCAAAUGCAAGAAGAGCGAUGUGAGGCCUCUGAGGAAGCUUUUCGACGAAACUGCAGGCGCUCGGCUUUAUUGCUACAGAGAAACACGUUUCAUGGAGUUGUUUCCGAACUGGCACGCAUCCAAGCCGCCGCCCAAGCCACCUUUUAAGCUUGUGUAUUUCCCCUCCAUGUCGAAUCCAACGAAUCUGAACGCGUCUGGCGAGGACGUGAUACUACAUUCGAAGUACAAGGAUACAAUGUGUGGAGCGAUGAUCGAGUUCAGAGGUCAUCACGCAACAAUCGGGUUGACGCUUCAAAUCAACGAGGUUGAUUGGUUGUUGACGGUCGAACACUUGUUCCGAGAGGCCGUGGACUGUGAGCCAGAUCUGUUCAGCAAUGCGAGCUAUGACACGGAUGUGGUGCCCGAUAGCACGUCCUCGGGCCUUGACAAACCCCCAUUGUGGGCCAACGACAGUGACGAUGACAGUUUUGCAAGCGAAGAAUGGUCCGACUCGGAUGAAGAACUGGGCCUCGAACACGUCCAGAGCUAUGCGGAGUCUGAGAUGGACGAGUACAUUCAAAGCAGCAGAGCGGGAAAAGCUGUGUCGCAUGGCGACGAGCACUUUUCGGGAGCAUCAUCGUUGCCAAUCCCGUCAGUCGAUGAAUCAAGUCCCAUCAGUUGUACUUUCAAGUUGAGAGAUAUCCAACCUGAGAAGCCUCUGGGCAAACUAUCAAGUUCGAGUCCUUUCCUAGACUGGAUAUGUCUACGCACGGGUUGGGACCUUGACAUUGGGAAGUUGCGACAAAACCUGGUCUCCGUGGCAGCGGACCGGCCUUCUGUACUUCUCGAGAAGAUAGCCGAAGAGCCAAACAAGCUUGAGACGCCAGUUUACGUGGUUUCGGGGAAGCUUGGAAUCAGGUCAGGUACAUUGAUCGGCAGAUUCAGCUAUCUUGGAUCCCGCUUUGGGCUGGAUAUGGCUAAGGUGUGGACGGUGAUCCUGGACACUUCCAAAGGUGUAAUCGCUGGUGAAUGUGGCUCUAUCGUCAUUGAUAGAGAUACAUGCCAGGUGUACGGGCAUGUCAUAGGCUCGGACGUUCUUGGACACGCUCGCGUGGCGCCACUUGUACACGUCGUCGAGCAGAUCAAGAUCUCGGUUGGCACGACCAGCGCCGCCUCGAAGUUCCGCACCGAACCAAACAUCGCCCUCGAGUCCUCCAGGCAACAACUCCGAUCUCCCAGUUGCAAACGUCCGUCGGCACCUGAAUUCUCUCCAGAAGGAGAUGACGCCAGCCUCUGA